CGGCUGCCGCGCUCCACGCCGCUCUUUACGGCGGCGUGGCACGCUCGCGGGCGCGCUUGACGGCCGCGCGGCUCCAGCCCAGCCGGCGUCCUCCCGGUGCUUUACGGCAGCCCCGCGACGUCUUGCGACAACCCGGAAGAAGGAGAAGAAGAAGAAGAGGGGCGCGGGAGGGGGCGAAGCCGGCUCGCUGCAGGCCGGAGGGAGCAUCAUGGACGUGGGCGAGCUCCUCAACUACCAGCCAAACAGGGGGACAAAAAGACCCCGGGAAGAUGAAGAGGAAGACCUCAAAGUGCGGCACAAACAGACCAGCGUGCGGGAGCGUGGCCGUCACCGGGAGGAGGAGGUGACCCCUGCUGUGGAGGAGACGGAGGAUGAGAAGAAGAAGCUCCUUCAGAUAAUCGAGAAGGGAGAGGAGGAGGAGGAGGAGGAGGAACCCCUGGAUGAGAGCUCGGUAAAGAAGAUGAUCCUCACUUUUGAGAAGAGGUCCUACAAGAACCAGGAGCUUCGGAUCAAAUUCCCAGAUAAUCCGGAGAAGUUCAUGGAGUCGGAGCUGGAUCUGAACGACAUCAUCCAGGAGAUGCACGUGAUUGCCACCAUGCCGGACCUGUAUCACCUGCUGGUGGAGCUGAACGCCGUGCACUCCCUCCUCGGGCUGCUGGGGCAUGACAACACCGAUGUGUCUAUCGCUGUGGUGGACCUUCUGCAGGAGCUCACAGACAUUGACACCCUCCAUGAGAGUGAGGAGGGAGCCGAGGUCCUCAUAGAUGCCCUGGUGGAUGGGCAGGUGGUCGCCUUACUGGUGCAGAACUUGGAGCGUCUGGAUGAAAGCGUGAAGGAGGAAGCUGAUGGCGUUCAUAACACUCUGGCAAUCGUUGAGAACAUGGCAGAGUUCCGGCCUGAGAUGUGCUCGGAUGCGGCUCAGCAGGGCCUGAUGCAGUGGCUUCUCAAGAGGCUCAAGGCAAAGAUGCCUUUUGAUGCCAACAAGCUCUACUGCAGCGAAGUGCUGGCCAUUCUCCUCCAGAAUAAGGAUGACAACCGGGAAUUGCUGGGGGAACUGGAUGGGAUCGAUGUGCUGCUUCAGCAGUUAUCUGUAUUCAAACGCCACAACCCCGGCACAGCCGAGGAGCAGGAGAUGAUGGAGAACUUGUUCGACUCCCUGUGCUCCUCCCUGAUGCUGAGCUCCAACCGAGACCGCUUCCUGAAGGGGGAGGGGCUGCAGCUGAUGAACCUCAUGCUCAGAGAGAAGAAAAUCUCCAGAAGCAGCGCCCUGAAAGUGCUGGAUCAUGCCAUGAUUGGGCCCGAGGGAGCAGACAACUGCCACAAGUUUGUCGACAUCCUUGGCCUUCGGACCAUCUUCCCCCUCUUCAUGAAGUCCCCAAAGAAAAUCAAGAAGGUUGGGACCUCGGAGAAGGAGCACGAAGAACACGUCUGCUCCAUCCUUGCCUCGCUCCUGAGGAACCUGAGAGGCCAGCAGAGAACCCGGCUGCUCAACAAAUUUACGGAGAAUGACAGUGAGAAGGUGGACAGGCUGAUGGAAUUGUAUUUCAAGUACCUGGAUGCAAUGCAGGCCGCCGACAAGAAGAUUGAAGGCGAAAAGCAUGACAUGGUGCGCCGGGGAGAGAUCAUCGAUGACGACAUGGAAGACGAGUUCUACCUCCGCCGCCUGGAUGCCGGCCUCUUUGUCCUCCAGCUCAUCAGCUACAUCAUGGCGGAGAUCUGCAAUGCCAGCAUCCCCCAGAUUCGUCAGAGAGUUCAUCAGAUUCUGAACAUGCGGGGAAGCUCCAUCAAAAUAGUGCGGCACAUCAUCAAAGAGUACGCAGAGAACAUCGGGGAUGGGAAGAACCAGGAAUUCCGGGAGAGCGAGCAGAAGCGGAUUGUGGAGCUGCUGGAGAACUUCUGAGCAGCCGGCCACCCCCCCCCCCCCCCGCCCACCUGGCCGCUUGCGUCCGCCCUGGCUUUCCCCGAGGAGGGACUCUCUGUUUUGCCUCUGCAGGCUUUUUGAAAUAUUAAAGAUGGGGUUUUUUAAGAACA